CACGCCCUCGGUGGUGAGGUUGUGCAGAUUUGGUGUGCGCAGCAUUUGAAUAGUCGAGGGUUUACAGCAAUCAUUCAGUAUGGACGCAAUGAAAUUAGUUUGCAUUGUUUUUGUUUUGGUUGGAUUUUUAGCAGGCGUUUCCGAUGCCAUCAAAUGCUACGAGUGUGAUUCCAUAAAGUCACCAAAUUGCAAAGAUGAAUUCAAAAAAAAAGGCAUCCCGGUUAAAGAAAACUGCCUAGAAUGCAUGAAAACGAAGUCAUCGAAGGACGGACUCCAGAUCCUAUCGAGAACAUGCAAUCUAAACAAACUCGGGACAACGGACGAAUGCAAGCAAGAAAAGACGAAUGGCGCCGAAGUGAACAUGUGCACGUGUUACAAGGAUGGAUGUAACGGAACACCCCGCGUGACCAUCCCGUUCAUCUCCUUGCUAACAGGCGUGCUGGUCGCUCUUAAACUAAUGCAUUGAUUGUUUGACAGACAAUGUUUAUAUGUUCAUCAAUCAGUAAGGCAUGGACGGGUAGAAGAUUCUGACCGGGCAACCGAUUGUUAAUUACCAACCCAUACCCGGGUGCCCUUACAUAUAUUUCACGCCGCAGCGUAUCCGAGAUAUAUUAUAGUAAAUACAAUGUAUUAUCCCUUAUUUAAAGCAACGCUAAGUUACAAUGCCAUCUGAAACAAAACAAAAACAGUUAGCAAAUAUUUUGAUCGUUUCUGAAAUCAUUUGACCUCAGUCACAAAAGUGAAAUAGCUCAAACAAUUAUAGAUUACAACAAGCAGCAGAUGAAAAAUAGACGAAAAAUCAAAUCGAAACACAAUCUAGUAGAUUGUGUUGCCUUAUUGGUUGGGUACCGCGUACUUAAAUUAUAUCCGGGUACCGUCAAACAUAAACGACCAACAGUACUCGUCCAUACCCUUUCAAACACGUUCUAUAUUAAUUUCAUUUCAUAGAGGAUAAUUGUUUGUUGAUAUAUUGCACUAUGUUACACUGAGUGAUCACCAACAGUUAUAUUUCACUAGUGGCUGCUGUUGAAAUAUUAUAUUUCUCUAGUGGUUAUUUGAAAAAGAGAUUGUGUUCUUACACUGAAACAAACAAUUUAAUCGAUUUAUUUUAUACUUACGAUUCAUUUACAUGUACACAUAAUUCAUAUUUUAUUUGAGAAUUGCGCCAAAUUGUAGCCGUCUGACUUCACAUAGGAAAUGACUUCAUUGAUUAUCAUCACAGCACUGAGUGCGUUUAUGACUGUUUUUACAUAGCAAUGGGGUCAAAUCAAACAACAGUGUAAUUAUUUGUAGAUAAUGUAUUAAAUGGGGUGUUUUAACAGGAUAUACUUCAUUGUUACUUUGCAAUAAACAAUAGAAAUGUAUGAAGUGAAAAAUAGUGUCCUUAAAUGUUUUGUUUACCCCUUGUCAACCUAUUUACAGGAUAAUGCAAUUUGCUAAUUACGCUUACUAUUACUUGUUUUGUAUAACUUGCUUUGAAGUAUUUAGACAAAGUGGAGAAUGCUUGUUAAUAUAUAUUGUACAGCAAUUCAGACAAAUGACGAACACAAACGACGAAAUGUGUAUGUCGCCGUUUCUUUCCUAUUUGUCAUACUUCAUUUUUGUAUGUUUGUGCACUUGCCAUAAUAUGUAAUCAUAUUUAAUAUCAUGUUAUAAAUGUUCCAAUUGAAAUCUAUAUACAAUGCUUUUUCAUUAAACAAUAAAAUAAUGUUA